AUGGCAUAUACUACCGCGACCUCCCCACCGGCUCUGGACGCCGAAACACAAACUAGCUUGGCAUUGGCUACCUCUAUAUCCCGAUCUACCUCAUUACACCAUGUCCUCACCUCUCUACCUUCAGGGCAAACCACCUCUGCUGCCCCAUCCUUCACUUCAUCUCCUACAUCUACUCCCGCCUCCGCAUACCCAGGUCCCGGCACACCAAAUGGGUUCACUCCCGCCGGUACUCCUCUACAGCCGCCGAGCGAGGGACCUCGCGGCCAAAAUUUCGAAUAUCCUCUCCAAAUACCUGCUCCUCUGGAGCUUGGCGAGUCUAUAAUGGAGAUCCCCAAUCCUAACCUUUCCAAUUCUAACGAUUGGAUGGCCCCAAGCUCCAAGGGCCCUGGCUUGAUGCGCAGAAUAUCCCGUGGCGCGGCCAACAAACUCACACGAAGAAGACAAUCGGCAUCACAAAAUGACAAACGAGACCGAAGUUCCGGUCCUGUUAUUAUCCGCCGACGCAGUGACAGCAAGACUGGUCCCCAGCCUGUUCGCGACACAGCAUUGGACUCAAGCAACGAAGAUGACGCUAACGAAGCGAUGGAUGGUCUCGGCGCAUGGGCUGGGUCUGAACCAUCAAGCCUUCGUAGCGAAAGUCGAAUGGCAUCUGCUCGUGAUCUUACUGCGCAAACUGCUACUGCAGCUGCCACGCCAACAGCCGUCAUUGCACCCAAAGUUGAUUCUGCGCUACAACGUGGAACUAUCUUAGGGAAGGUCACCAAGAAGCGCCAUAAGCAGGUUCGGUUCUUUUUGGACUUGGACGCUGCUAAGGUCUUCUGGGACCUUUCAAAUCCCGCCAAGCGCUUUUAUAUUGACGAUAUCAAAGAAAUUCGCAUUGGUGCUGAUGCGCGCAAUUAUCGCGAAGAGCAUCAAAUUGCCGAUGAACUGGAGCCUCGAUGGUUCACCAUUGUCAUUGCGGAUUCGGAACGUUUCAAAGGCCGAGCAGUUAAGACUCUUCAUCUUAUUGCUCCCAAUGACCGCAUUCUUGAGUUAUGGACCACCACUCUGGAGCACAUUGCUCGCUAUCGAAUCGGUCUUAUGGCUGGAAUGGCGAGCUCGAGCCAAAGUGAAUCCGUCAUUCAGGCCCACUGGCAACGCGAGAUGUCACGGUUAUUCCCACAAGGAACACGACCUGGUGAGGAACAAAGCCUUGACCUUUCCGCUGUUGAAAGUGUCUGCCGCACCUUGCAUAUAAACUGCUCGAAGAACAUGGUUCGAGCGCAAUUCUCCAAAGCAGACGCUGGUCGCAAUGGGAAGCUGAAUUAUACUGAGUUUAAAGACUUCCUCUACCGUCUCAAAGAACGCAAAGAUGUGAAGGAAGUUUACAAGAGCCGUUCUGAAGAUUCAAAGACUGGUAUGACUCAGGAUGAGUUCCUCGGCUUCCUCCGUGAGGUUCAGAAGGAGGAUGUCGAUUCUGAUCGUGCCCAUUGGAUCGCGGUAUUUGACAAGUUUGUCCGCAGAUCCAGGUGUCGUGGCUCUGAUGGAUCGGAAACUAGUGGUCGCCCCGAGCCACGGAUGAACUUGAACACCUUUUCUUCUUAUUUAGCUUCUCCAAGCAACGGUGUCUACGCAUCACGUGCUCCUCAGUCACGAUUUGAUCGACCAUUGAACGAGUACUUCAUCUCCAGCUCCCACAAUACCUACCUGCUUGGUCGCCAAGUUGCUGGAGCUUCCAGUACUGAGGCCUAUAUUAGCGCUCUCCAACAAGGUUGCCGAUGCGUGGAGAUUGACUGCUGGGAUGGUGCUGAUGGACGUCCAAUUGUCUCUCACGGUCGCACAAUGACCACAAGUGUCCUAUUUGCGGAUUGCAUUACGGUCAUCAACCGCUACGCCUUUAUCUCGUCUGAUUUCCCUCUCAUAUUAUCUUUGGAAGUUCACUGCAACCCAGAACAGCAGUUGGCUAUGGUCAAGAUCAUGAAGGAUACAUUCAAGGAACUACUUGUUCUGGAGCCUCUCAUGACCAACUACUUCAUUCUUCCAUCUCCCGAAGAACUCAAGGGACGUAUCUUGGUCAAAGUAAAGACUUGUGACGAGACUUCGAAUGAUCCACGUAUUAUCACCUCAUCCACUAUUGGUACCCACGGCCGCAAGCGUAGCUCCAGCUCCCCAUUCAUUCGCCCAACUCCUCCGCCUGAGUCUUUGAAUACCCCACUUCCAUCCCUGUCAAGCCCACCCACAAUGAUAGGUAGCGGCGUUGAUGGUAUUGGUCCUUUGAUUUCCCAGGACAGACGUUCUCUCACGGCAACAAGCAUGAGCAGUGCGACUGAAGAUAGUGACGGAGGCUUAGUCUCUGUUCACGGCGAGAAGAAAAAGAAGCGCCGACAGAAGAGCAAAAUCACAAAGCCGCUCUCAGAUCUUGGUGUCUACAGCCGAGGUUAUAAGUGGCACAGCUUCAGUUCCCCCGAGAGCAGAAAGUAUAACCACGUAUAUUCCUUCGCGGAACGAUCCUUUGAAAGCAUCUGCCAAACUCACGAUAACAAGGUCGCUCUUGAAGCUCACAACCGCAAAUAUCUCACACGAGUCUAUCCCUCCGGCUUCCGCCUUCGUUCGUCUAACUUCGACCCCAAUAAAUUCUGGCGUCGCGGUGUGCAAAUGGCGGCGUUGAACUGGCAGACCUACGACGUGGGAAUGCAAAUGAACCAAGCCAUGUUUGCAGCUGGUACCGAUCGCACUGGUUAUAUCCUCAAGCCCGAGUGUCUCCGACUUCCCGCUUCAGAUAACGAAAACCAGCGACGCAAGACAGAAAGAAGACUUGUUCGAUUCUCCGUUGAUGUCAUUUCGGCGCAACAGCUUCCUCGACCUCGCACAAUCGGACCAGAGGACAACAUUAACCCCUACGUCGAACUAGAGAUCUUCAGCGCAGAUGACCGUGGCCAGAGCCUAGCCUUCGGUGAAGGUGGUAUGGAUGCCUCCGCCCGCAGCGGCAUGUCAGGCAUUGGAUACCCGCAUCGCCGUCGCACAAAGAUCGAGCAAAGCAACGGAUACAGCCCUGUAUUCAACGAUCGAUUCAAGCUAUCUCUUGAAACCAAGUACCCUGAUCUGGUAUUCGUGCGCUGGACGGUUUGGAGCUCCUUAGAUGGCCGCAGUGCUGGCAACAAUAACAGCGUACAGUUGGCUACGUUUACUGCAAAGCUUACCAGCCUGUCUCAGGGAUACCGCUACCUGCCCUUAUACGAUGGCAAAGGCGAUCAAUACCUAUUCUCAACACUCUUCUGUCGCAUCUCUAAAGAAGAACCUAUCCCUGCCCAGCGGAUUAACCUGGAAGAACUCCGCGCCGUCCGUACGGGCAUUCUGCGCCAGAUUGGACAGACUGUCUUCAAGCGCUCGUCAUCUACAGAUCGUGAGAAGGACUCGGCACAAGAACGAAGUGAGCCUGUGAGCCCCGAAGAAAGGGAGAGCUCACCGAAUCUUACUCCGACUGUCUCUACUACCUCAACCUCAUCUUUUGUCCCUUGA